AGAGAGAGAGAGAGAGAGAGGGCGAUACCGAGCACCAGUGGCAUGGAAAUACACCCGUCAGCCGCGUGCAGAGGAGAGAAAAAAAGGCAGCACGGACAAAAGAAACAUGGAUGCAUUAGAGAAGUAUUCACUCAAACAGAUAACGGAAUGGAUGUGCCGUUCCUCCUGCACCUAACGGGGAACGAAUUAGCCUAUUUUAAUGCGGUGGUGCGAGGCGAGGUAUUGCAAGCUAAAAAGGCGGAAAGCAGUAUUUAAUCCGUCUGCGGAUCCCAUGAGCUUGCAAUGGCUGUUAUGGGGAUAUGUAGCUGUAUAGGAAACAAUGUGGCUCUUUCGUUUGUUGUAUUUUUCUUAUUGUGUGGCCUUUCACUUGGACAACUACUGUACUCUAUUCAGGAGGAAUUAGAAAAUGGAGCGGAGGUGGGGGAUCUUGUGCAGGACUUGGGGUUGGAUAUUCGAAAGCUCUCCAAUCGAAAGAUAAAGGUAACCAGCAGUGGAAAACGGUAUGUGGAUGUCAAUCCCCAAAAUGGUAAAUUACUAGUCAAUGAACGAAUCGACAGAGAGACGCUGUGUGAUUUGAGCAGCACCUGUCUUAUACAUUUAGAGGUGCUUGUUGAAAACCCAUCCGAGGUGCACAAUGUCGAGGUGGAGAUUGUGGAUACGAAUGACAAUGCGCCGCAGUUCCCUAGUGACGAGUAUCAAUUGGAAAUUGCAGAAUCGGCUUUACCAGGGUCUCGUUUCCCCAUUGAGAACGCCGUGGAUCCGGAUGUGGGAUCCAAUUCCGUUCGUCUGUAUCGACUCAGCCCAAACGAACACUUCGCACUUGAUUCCAACAAGCCCUCUCUCAAAAGCAAGAACGUUGAGCUCGUGCUCAAAAAGCCCCUUGACCGUGAGCUGGCGCCUUACCACCAAUUCAUUCUGACUGCUGCAGAUGGCGGAACACCAGCAAAAACCGGUUCAGCUCUAAUUAAUGUGCGAGUCCUGGACACCAAUGACAACGUUCCUGUAUUUGACAGCUCAGUGUACAAAGUCAAAUUGUUAGAAAACUCACCAAAAGACACACUGGUCAUCAAAUUGAAUGCCACAGACCAUGACGAGGGUACCAAUGGGGAGGUGUAUUACUCUUUCAGCAGCUACACUCCUGAGAGAGUCAGACAGAUGUUCAGCAUGGACAGCAACACGGGCGAGAUCAGAGUGAGGAGCAUUGUGGACUACGAAGAAACCAACUCUUAUGAGAUGUACAUCCAGGCCAUGGAUAAAGGCCCUGGUGCUGUGGCAGCCCACUGUAAGGUGGUGGUGGAGGUGGUGGAUGUGAAUGACAACGUCCCAGAGAUAGUCCUGUCCUCUCUCUCCAGCCCAGUGAGGGAGGAUGCCCGGGCUGACACCGUGGUGGCCCUGAUCAGUGUCACAGACCGGGACUCUGGUGCCAACAAACAGGUGAACCUGGAGAUACCGCCGGGCCUCCCCUUCAAGAUCAAGUCCUUCAGAAACUACUACACCCUGGUCACCUCCGCCUUCCUGGAUCGUGAGACCACCUCUGCGUACAAUGUCACCCUUAGCGCCACUGACGGCGGCACCCCACCCCUCUCCUCCCAGAAGACCAUACAGGUGGAUGUGGCUGAUGUGAAUGACAACCCGCCACGCUUCGAGCAGACCUCUUACACGGUCUAUGUGACUGAGAACAAUGCCCCCGGGGCCUCGCUGUGCACCGUGAAGGCCCAGGACUCCGAUGUCAACGAGAACGCACGCAUCACCUACACCGUCCUCAAUGACAACAACCACGGUAUCCCCGUCACCUCCUAUGUCUCUGUGAAGGCCGACACGGGAGAGGCCUACGCCCUGCGCGCCUUUGACUACGAGUCACUCAGGGAGUUCCACUUCCAGGUCAAAGCUCAGGACGGGGGCAUCCCACCCCUCAGCCGGGUGGCCACUGUCUACAUCUACAUCAUGGACCAGAACGACCACAGUCCUGAGAUCGUCAAACCCCCAGGCAACGGCACACGCUCUAUAGAGACAGUGCUGAAGAACGCUGAGGCUGGCGUCCUGGUGACCAAGGUGGUGGCGUACGACGCAGACGCGGGUCCCAAUGCCUGGCUGAUCUAUGUGUUGGAUCAGUCCACAGACUUGGACCUGUUCAAGGUGCACGAACACACGGGGGAGAUCCGCACCACGCGCAGGGUCCUGGAGGACAACUCCACCUCCUUCAGCCUGACUGUACUGGUGAGAGACCACGGCCAGCCGCCUCUCUCCUCCACCGCCACUGUCAAUGUGGCCGUCAUGGAGGUGCCACCCAAGGUGACCCCUGACCCCAAGAGGGUCAUCCGGCCCCACAGCACCCUGCUCUUCUCCAACGUGACCCUCUACCUGAUCGUGGCCCUGAGCGCCACCACCUUUGUGUUCCUGGUGACCGUGGUGGUGCUGGCCAUCGUGCGCUGCCAUGCCUACUGCACCCAGCCUGGUUCCUGCUCCCCCUGCUGUGUGUCCCAGAAGACCCCCCCUGAUGGCGGGAGCAGCAGCACAGUAGGUGGUUCUGGUGGUGGAGGUGGGGGACAACCCAAUAACAAUGUGGCGCUGCGGAGAGACCUCAAAGUGGAGCCUCACUACAUUGAGGUGCGUGGGAAUGGCUCCAUGACCAAGACCUACUGCUACAAGACCUGCCUGACGGCCACCUCAGGAAGCGACACCUUCAUGUUCUACAACACAGGCCGGCCCAUCAGCGGCACCUGGGGUUCCGAGCGCUUCUUCACGGGCGGAAGCGGGUUUGUACGGAGACUGAGCAUGCCCGACGCUUCAUUGCAAGUCUGUCCAGAGCCGAAGGCCCCAAAUGCUGACUGGCGAUACUCCACUUCUUUGAGGGCAGGGAUGCAGAGCUCGGUCCAUAUGGAGGAGUCGUCAGUGAUGCAGGGAGCCCAGGGGAUGCUGGUCCAGAACUGGCCCACAGUGUCCAGCGCUACAGAUGGUGAGGGGGGCGAGCUGUCCCCUCCGGUUGGAGCUGGCAUCGACAGUAACAGCUGGCACUUCCGUUACGGGCCUGGCCCAGGCUACGGCCCCCCUCAGGUUCUGAGGCCUGGAGAGAUCCCCCCCGAAGCCUUCAUCAUCCCCGGCUCCCCCGCCAUCAUCUCUAUCCGCCAGGGCCAGGGAGGAGAGGAUGACAAGAGCGACUUCAUCACCUUCGGCAAGAAGGAGGAUCCCAAGAAGAAGAAAAAGAAGAAGAAGGACAAGAAAGACAAGAAAGACAAGGGGAAGGAGGAUGUGGACGAGUAGAGGAGAAAGGGGAGAUAUUAAAACAGAGCUACCAACUAAAGUCCAAAUAACAGAUGCAAGACAAAUAUCCAAGUGUAUAUUUUAGAAGCAGGAGAGCCUCCCUGUGGUGUGUUUGCAUAGUUAAGUCUGCCCAGCCAUGUCCCCAUUAGCAGAGGCCUAUCUCUAUUAAACAGCCAAUUGUAGCCUCUGCCAGGUUGGCCCUCCGGGGCUUCCAUACCUCUGGCUAUUAAACAGGCUUCAUACGGGAUUUAAUAGGCUGUCAUUAGCCAGACAUUUGCUGAAAGAAAAUACUGUUUCUAAUCAAACAAAAAUUAAUUUGAUUAGAAGAACCUUUCUACAAUGACGAUUAUUUACUCAACUUUCCCUGCCCCACUCUUUCAUGUAUAAAAUGCCAUAUGCGAGAGAAACCUCACACACCAUUUUAAUGCCAUUGCUAUUACUAGUGUUACAGUCCUGCCAGCCACCUCCCCAAACUGGCCUGAAUUGGGAUGCUCUUCCCUGGCCCUUCUGGCCCCAUGUUGGCAUCUCUGUCUUUACUCUACCCCCUGUCUCCUCUGAUCUCCUGAGUGGCGGGGGAGAGGAGGAGCUCAAUCGGACAAAGAGUGAAACACAGGCUCUCUUCUCCAAUAACAUGGAGGCCUUGGGAAAAAAAAGGAAUACACAAUAGUUAUUUUAUACAAAAUAUAGAAAAGAGGAAGUGACCCAAACAAGACACCUGACAUCUGUGUAUGUAGUGUACGGUGAGCUGUGUGAGAUUAGAAUGGGUUGAGAUUAGUGCUGGCCGAGAUUGAAGGCUGGAUUAGACUGCCCAGGUUAUUUUCAGUGCGUGCUGAAGCCAUGGUGUUUCAUGCCUGGCACUAUUGGCUCUGUUGGCAGCACAGGGCAGGGGCGAAAUACCUGGCCCCCAUCUCCUCACCUAGAACAGACAAUAGGUCAGUGGGGCCUUGAACCCACAGUGUGCAACACGCAACCACAAUAACUACCACACAUACGCUCACACUAGACAGUCAGGGCUGCCAUGCACACACCUCUCUGGAUACUAUAGAUCUCUAACCCAGCCAAAAGGCUGAGGCAUAGCAGUGGCCUCUUUGCUAUGGAUAUGUAAAAAACUCAGCAAAAAAAGAAACGUCCUCUCACUGUCAACUGCGUUUAUUUUCAGCAAACUUAACAUGUGUAAAUAUUUGUAUGAACAUAAGAUUCAACCACUGAGACAUAAACUGAACAAGUUCCACAGACAUGUGACUAACAGAAAUGGAAUAAUGUGUCCCUGAACGAAGGGGGGGUCAGAAUCAAAAGUAACAGUCAAUAUCUGGUGUGGCCAGCAGCUGCAUUAAGUACUCCAGUGCAUCUCCUCCUCAUGGACUGCACCAGAUUUGCCAGUUCUUGCUGUGAGAUGUUACCCCAUUCUUCCACCAAGGCACCUGCAAGUUCCCAGACAUUUCUGGGGGGAAUGGCCCUAGCCCUCACCCUCCGAUCCAACAGGUCCCAGACGUGCUCAAUGGGAUUGAGAUCUGGGCUCUUUGCUAGCCAUGGCAGAACACUGACAUUCCUGUCUUGCAGGAAAUCACGCACAGAAUAAGCAGUAUGGCUGGUGGCAUUGUCAUGCUGGAGGGUCAUGUCAGGAUGAGCUUGCAGGAAGGGUACCACAUGAGGGAGGAGGAUGUCUUCCCUGUAACGCACAGCGUUGAGAUUGCCUGCAAUGACAACAAGCUCAGUCUGAUGAUGCUGUGACACACCACCCCAGACCAUGACGAACCCUCCACCUCCAAAUCGAUCCCGUUCCAGAGUACAAGCCUCGGUGUAACGCUCAUUCCUUCGACGAUAAACGCAAAUCCGACCAUCACCCCUGGUGAGACAAAACCGCAAUUCAUCAGCGAAGAACACUUUUUGCCAGUCCUGUCUGGAUCAGCGACGUUGGGUUUGUGCCCAUAGGCGACGUUGUUGCCGGUGAUGUCUGGUGAGGACCUGCCUUACAACAGGCCUACAAGCCCUCAGUCCAGCCUCUCUCAGCCUAUUGCGGACAGUCUGAGCACUGAUGGAGGGAUUGUGCGUUCCUGAUGUAACUCGGACAGUUGUUGUUGCCAUCCUAUACCUGUCCCGCAGGUGUGAUGUUCGGAUGUCCCAAUCCUGUGCAGGUGUUGUUACUCAUGGUCUGCCACUGCGAAGACGAUCAGCUGUCCGUCCUGUCUCCCUGUAGCACUGUCUUAGGCGUCUCACAGUACGGACAUUGCAAUUUAUUGCCCUGACCACAUCUGCAGUCCUCAUGCCUCCUUGCAGCAUGCCUAAGGCACGUUCACACAGAUGAGCAGGGAUCCUGGGCAUCUUUCUUUUGGUGUAUUUCAGAGUCAGUAGAAAGGCCUCUUUAGUGUCCUAAGUUUUCAUAACUGUGACCUUAAUUGCCUACCGUCUGUAAGCUGUUAGUGUCUUAAUGACCGUUCCACAGGUACGUGUUCAUUAAUUGUUUAUGGUUCAUUGAACAAGCAUGGGAAACAGUGUUUCAACCCUUUACAAUGAAGAUCUGUGAAGUUGUUUGGAAUUUUAUGAAUUAUCUAUGAAAGACAGGGUCCUGAAAAAGGGCAGUUUCUUUUUUUGCUGAGUUUAAAUGGCAGGAACGUUGCUUGUUGCUUCAUUUCUGUUCAAGUCUGAUCCCCCAGCUUCAGUCAUUGAAUGUUCAAUAGUCAAUGUUCAAUAAUUCUUCAAGCCCCGCCCCCUUACCUUGCCGGCAUUGGUGCUUGUAGGAUUUGCUCGCACGUCUCCUCUGUUAACCCCUCUAUCGUUACUCCUCCUUCCUCUGAUCACCAUGUCCAGGAGCCCUCUUAACUUCAGAUGACGUGUUCCUCCUUAAACACAGCAACAGUGUUAUACUGUAUAAGACACACACACACACACACACACACACACACACACACACACACACACACACACACACACACACACACACACACUACGUUUUUGUUAGCUUUAACCAAGCCUUGGUACUGAAAUAACAAAGGUUCCUAUCACUCCUACAGAAUUCUAGUUCAUUUUGGGGACAAGUUGCCUUCCAUUCCACUAGUUACACACAGGGUAGUGGGGGAUACAGGGUACUUCAUGGACUGGCUUCCUUCUGUCCAGAUGGAGAGAAAAAGAGGGAUGGAAGAAGGUAGAGGGAAGGAUAGAGAAGUGGAAUUGUUGUGAUGGGCAGUCCAGUCCACAGACAUACCCCAGAGAGCUUAGUUGCUGUGUUAAACUCUUUACUCAUAUUCUAAUGAAAAUGAAGCAUCAGCAGCACUGGGGGGGAUCUUCACUAGAAGCGAGCAUCCCCAAGAUGAACUCAAGAUGUGCAGGGGCUAAUUGCACAACAUCUCCUACUCAGCUCUCUGUUUCCUCUUCCUGGCUGCUAUCUGACCAAUCAGAAGGACAGAGGGGUGAUGCUAGCGCUGCUAUUGGACUGAAUCCCCCCAUAUUAUACACAUGCUCCCCCUUCAGGUGUGAAUCAUUGCUGUCAGAUCACUAAGGGGCUUUUUGCAUGUUAUAAGCAGAGGAAACAGAUUCUAUAUAUAGAUCUAUAUUGAUAGAUACGUCUUUUCUUUUUCUUCAACCAUUUAUCUCAAACUCAGAGACAUUAAUAUUGCCUCUGGUGAAAUAUACAUACUCACUCGCAAAUACACACACAUGAACACACAAACAGUACAUACACACAUAAUAUAUAUUCAUAGACAAAUCAUACAGGAAUCACUUUUGUAUCCUGUUGAAAUGAAAUAAAAAUACCUUCUAAAUAUACGUAAUGCUGUAGUGUUAUGCUGUAAAAUGCAAUUUUUUGUUUAUGCCCUUAGGAUUUCUGAAGAUUACGAAAUCAAUCCUUUAAGCUAUGAAAUGAUCAUCAAACAACCACUGUACCGAAUCAUUUCUUCACCUUCGAUAUCUAUCCCGAACCGCCUUUAAAAAAAAAAACAUUCAAAUUGAAGGAAAACAAACUCUAAGAAAGAAAAUGGUCAAAAAAAUCUGAAAAACGUUACGUACUCUCUGCUUGUGUGUAGUGAAUGUUUCCUCAGACAUCUGGUGCCCGAAUGGCACGAAUCAGUCGACUGCGAAAGUGCAGAUCUGUUAAUAGCUUUUUUGUACACCUGCUCAUCAGUGUAACAGUGAUAUAGUGAUUUUUCUUUUUUUAUUAUUUGAUGGAUAUGGUAACGUGUUUUGUUUAUAAAUCACAAAUAAAAUGUUAUUUCUUAAAUAUCGGGAAAA